AUGGCGAUCUCCUCGCAUCUCGGCGGCGACGGCCUCCCUUCGGGAUCCGCAUCCUCCAUCAUUGCCGGGGCCGUGAGCGGCUACCACUUGCUAAAGAUCGUCGGCUACUCGCGCACCAAGGAGGUCCCCAAUGGAAAGUGGAUCGACUCUUGCUCGUUCCAGGUGGGAGGCCGCACAUGGCGUGUUCGUUACUAUCCCAACGGUGACGAGUCCGAGUACACCGACAAAGAUGGGAAGCCGGUGCCGGUGUAUACCUUGACUACCGCGAUCAAAGACUUUUCCGUGAAUAAAACUUGGGGAUUCGGGAGGUUUAUGAAAAGGGAGGAAUUGGAGAAAUCAGAGCAUCUCCAGUACGAUUCAUUCACUGUCAAGGUCAAUGUCACUAUCAUGAGUGAGUUCCAUGCGCAGGAGACACCAUCCAUCCUGGUGCCACCGUCAGACUUGCACCGGCACUUAGGGCUUCUCCUGUCAAGCAAGGUGGGUGUCGAUGUCAAAUUCCGAGUCGGCAGGAAGACAUUUUCUGCUCACCGGUCGGUGCUCGCGGCACGGUCUCCGGUCUUCAGAGCAGAGCUCUUUGGGCUGAUGAAAGAGGGAACCACUACUGGGGCCAUACGCAUACAUGACAUUAAGCCAGAAGUGUUCAACGCUUUGCUUACUUUCAUGUACACGGAUGCACUGCCUGCUAUGGAUAAACAGGAGGAAUCUGCCAUGGCUCAGCAUUUGCUUGUUGCAGCAGACAAGCAUGAUUUGGAGAGGCUGAAGCUGAUUUGUGAAGAGAAGUUGUGCAAUUGUAUCGAUACGAGCUCCGUGGCGACUAUCUUGGCCUUGGCGGAGCAGCACCACUGCCAUGAGCUUAAGGCGACAUGCUUGGUGUUCCUCAGCUCGCCGAACAAUCUGGAUGCAGCCAUUGAGUCUGAAGGUUUCGAGCUUUUAACCAAGAGAUGCCCUGGUGUUAUUAAGGAUCUCCUCAAGUCCCAGGUUGCUCCUAGUAUACUUGGGAAAAGAAAAUCUGGAGCAUGA